UUUGAUUUGACAUUUUACCUUUGAUUUUUUCCAUAUUCCGGAGUGCAAGACUAUCAACAGUAUAAAUUUAUGGCAAAUAGCCACAUUAGAAGUAGUCAUGAGUGAAACAAUUUCAUUCAAUAAUCUCGAGAAUGUGUGUCGAUUUUGUUUAAGCAACGAUUAUGAGCUAAGUCCGAUUGCUAAGCCUCUGGAGUUAUCGUACAAUAAACAUUGUACCACAAAUUUGGAACACAUAAUUCUUGUUUGCAUUGGCGUAACAGUGCAAUCAGAUGACAACUUACCGAAAUGGAUAUGUAGCCAAUGUAUUUACCAGUUGUUGACAAGUUAUUCGUUUCGUGAGAAAUGCUUGGAGUCUAUCAAAUAUUUGGAGCAAGUAAAAAUCAAACAGGAAUCAACAUUGUCUCAGCUGGACGUUAAAACUCUCGAGAAGACCACAGACAACGGACAAGACUGUGACUACAAAGGUGUUGACACCGAUUGUGAUUAUAAAGGCUCAUCAAAUCCCGUUGAAUGUUUGGAAGAUGAAGAAAGAAGUGGAGUUCAUCGACAAAUACAUCCUAGUGAGACUGCAGUCAGUAAAAUAGGUGAUACGACCAACGAAUUUAACAACUCAAUAUUCCCAUUCACGUGUGACAUAUGCGGAUUCCAUUUGAAGACACUGAAAACUGUAGCCAAUCACAUGAAAAAAGUUCACGUCGACAAAAUUACCAGUGUUUCCACCGCGAAAUCGGAACAGAAUCCGUUCGAGUGUGAUAUAUGCAAGAAUGCAUAUCCGAACCGUAAGUCCAUUUAUCGUCACAAAUAUCGCGUGCAUGGUCUGCGAAAGGUGAAGGUGAAGCAGGAACCGAAGAAACGACAGAAGCGAUUGCAAAUUUGUCCCAUCUGUGGUGUGGCACGCAGAGAAAUUCGUUCACACAUUGCUACCCAUUCCGAUGCCCGUGAUUAUAAAUGUGAAAUUUGUGGUCUGAGUAUAAAAAAUGCAGAAAAUCUGAAGCGACACAUUAGGCGAGUACAUAGCGAAGAUAGGCCAUUUCCCUGCACGAUAUGUAACGUGGCUUUCAAAACUUCCACACAUCUGAAACGGCACAACCGAAAGCACACCCAAGAACGUAACUAUAAAUGCCAGUACUGUCAUCGUUCAUUCAUUGAUGCUGGGACACGCGAUCGUCACAGCAACUUACAUGUUCAAGAGCGCAGCAUCGAAUGCGAAUUUUGUGGAAAGUUGUUCAUGACGCACGUGGGGCUUAACAACCACAUUGGUAUACACACAUUGGAAAGAAAAUUCAAAUGUGGACUGGGCUCGUGUCCGCAAACAUUUGUCAAUUCCUCAUCAGCAUCGAUUCAUCGCCGUACGCACACAAUUAACAAUUUGUAUCACUGUUCGGACUGUAAUGUUGGCUUCAAGGAAUUAAUUUUACUUAAGAUGCAUUUAAAGAAAGAAGGACAUCAUUUUGACAUUGUAACAUCACAGAAAUUUGAAGAGAAGAGGGAAUAAAUAUGAACGAAUUACAUAAUUAUUAAUCAG